UCGUGUAAAUAACAAGAAACGCUACAACAACAAAUCUUUAACCUCUAAGCAACCAACCAUUCGGGCCAUGGGUUCAUACAACAGUGAAAUGGAGCGAUUACGCCAGCAUUUUAAAAGUCACAGUAAAACGAGAGAGUAUCAAGCACACUCUGCCAAAGUUCAUUCAGUUGGAUGGAGCUGCGAUGGGCGAAGACUCGCCUCUGGCUCGUUUGAUAAGUCGGUGUCAAUCUUCACUUUAGACCGGGAGCGACUGAUGAAAGAUUUUACAUUCCGAGGCCACAGUGGAAGUGUUGAUCAAUUAUGUUGGCAUGCUACAAGCCCAGACCUAUUAGCCACCGCAAGUGGUGACAAAAGUGCACGAAUUUGGGACGCCCGAACUCAAAAGUGUGCAGCAACUAUAAACACUAAAGGAGAGAACAUAAAUAUUACUUGGGCCCCAGAUGGACAAACAAUUGCUGUGGGAAAUAAGGAAGACUUGGUCACAUUCAUUGAUGCCCGCACCCACAAGGUUAAAAGGGAAAAGAAGUUUGAAUUUGAAGUUAAUGAAAUAUCAUGGAACAAAAGAAGCGAUUUGUUCUUCUUAACUAAUGGACAAGGUUGCAUACACAUACUAGAGUACCCUGAUUUAGAAUUACAGCAUGUCCUUAAGGCUCAUCCAGGAACAUGUAUAUGUAUUGAAUUUGAUCCCACUGGACGAUACUUUGCAACAGGAUCUGCAGAUACACUGGUAUCGCUGUGGGAUGUCGAAGAACUUGCCUGUCUCCGAACUUUUUCAAGACUGGAUUGGCCAGUCAGAACUAUAAGUUUCAGCCACGAUGGAAAGUUACUGGCAUCUGCCUCAGAGGAUUUAAUGAUUGACAUUGGGGAAGUAGAAACGGGCCUCAAAGUUUGUGACAUUCCUGUGGAAGCUGCCACAUUUACUGUUGCUUGGCAUCCUAGCCAAUACCUUUUGGCUUAUGCCUGCGAUGACAAAGAUUCAUAUGACCGGAAGCAUGAUGCAGGGAUUCUCAAGGUGUAUGGGUUUUCCUCUGAAUAAUACUUCCAAGCCUUUCUGAAAUCCUCAGUUACUAAUUUUUACUGUGGAUCUGUUUUCAUUUUUGUGUAGCUUCACAAUAGGAUUUUUUUUUCA